CCCGCCAUGAAGGUCAAAGUACUCAAGCAACAGCAAAGCUUAACAUCUACUGCUGUCGACGACUCGAAAGAUGUCUCCCAGGUUGUGCAGUUCUAUCAAGAUCGAGUUGUGUUCAUCACCGGUGGGACAGGAUUCAUUGGAAAGGUCCUGCUGGAGAAACUGCUGCGAUCUUGUCCUGGCCUAAAGCGGGUCUACUUGCUCGUGCGCAGCAAGCGCGGGGAGAACCCACAGGCGAGACUGGAGAAGAUGCUUAACACUCAGAUGUUCGAACCCCUCAGGCAAGAGCAGCCAGAUGCUUUUGCAAAAGUGACAGCGCUGGCAGGAGACCUGAGAGAGCCAAAUUUGGGACUAAUGUGUGCGUUUGUGCGGAUGUGCGUCAGCUUUAUGAAAUGUUUUAAUUUCAGAGAAGCGGUUGAGCUGAACGUUUUGGGUACAAGGCGCGUUCUGGAUCUCUGCAGAAACAUGCGAAAUCUUUGUGUUUUUGUCCAUGUAUCAACGGCAUAUUGCAAUUCUGAUAAGCGAGACGUAUGUGAAGUGAUAUACCCUUCUCCUGUAAGCGCCGAAGAGCUUAUCGCAGCUGCUCAGUCCGCAAACAAUGAUGCGACAGGCCCUAAGGAACACUGCUUGUUUGGGCUGCCGAAUACGUACACACUGACCAAGAGAGUAACCGAAUCGCUGGUGCUGGAAGAGCGGGGAGACAUUCCGGUCGCCAUUGUGCGGCCUUCCAUCGUCACUGCAUCGAUAAGAGAGCCACUUCCGGGUUGGUUAGACAAUUAUAACGGCUGCACCGGAAUGCUUGUUGUGGUAGGGCUGGGGAUGCUGCAAUCACUUUUGGCGGAAAAGAAAUAUGUAAUGGACUUCAUUCCGGUGGAUGUUGUGGCCAAUAUGCUAUUAUGCGUUGCCUGGCACACUGCCGAGACAAGACCUGAACACAUCGAGGUGUACCACUGUGCGAGUGGCGCCUUGUUGCUGCAAACCUGGACGGAUAUGGCUGACCUGAUGCAGCGAGCUUUUUUGCAAUACCCAUUGCCAAAUGCGAUUCGUUUCCCCAAGUUCCACAUGACGAACAGCCAGCUGUGGCACAGCAUCAACUUGUGGUGCCUCCACUAUGUGCCAGCGUGCGUCGCAGACCUGGCCUUGCAACUCUGCGGACAGAAACCGAGGUUGGUACCACCGACAUUCCUGCAUAGACAGCAUGGGCAAAUGGAGUGUCGCGGAAAACACGAUCAGCUAAACAAGUGUCGUAUAUCGGCUUGGCUGACACUAUGGCUUAAUGGUGGUGGCGAGUAUUAUUGCCCACUUCUUCUUCAAAGGUUCUUACACCUCCACCAAAAGAUAUGCAAAGGGAUGAAUUCCCUUCAGCACUUCAUGACUCACGAAUGGCUGUUCCGGUCCGACAAUGCCUUGCGACUUCACCAAGAACUCUCUCCCACGGAUGCUCAGGCAAGUGUAAUAUACAAGCUCCGGGCUCCAUGAAGUGGUGAUAGU